GACGCACCGGACAGCGACGCGGGGCAACUCUCUCCGCCAGAGGAACAACUUUUGCUCGAGCUAACAGCCAUUUCUGCUGCUAUUUAACGCUUUCAUUUGUGUCAGUUGGCUGUGAGGGAGUGUGAACCCCUGGAGAAGACCGUGAGUCGCUGAACAGUUGGUCUCUUUUCGGGUUUCUAUCGUGUUUUAAGAAUAUUUCUUGGAACCGAGGAGCAGCGAGAGCACACCUACGGCAGUGACAGACCGCGGGAAAAUGUCGUUACUUCCUGUGCAAUGAAGUCUUGGCGCGACAUUACAGUUGUAAACAACAGGAGGACGCUCAACAAUACGCAAACAAGCAUUGUAAUCAGGAACAGCUUUAGAAACUGAAACACAGAGAUACCUGGAAGCAUGGACAACAUUGACACCAACGCUUCUGGUCCUCUGGUACCUGAGGUCAGUGAAGAUUCUGUGGAUAUCUAUGAUGGCCUGGAAGUCAGCAGCGAUGCAGCCUUGGUACCUGCUGUCAAUGAAGAUUCUGUGGAUAUCUAUGAAGGCCUAGAUAUGAGUAUUAGAAGCAAUGCAGAGAAGUCCUCUUCAAAGACCUCUGAGGUGAAAGAGUCAAUGGAUCUUUACGAAGAAAUUGUCAUGGAGGAACAGCAGACCAGAGAGGCGUCGUACACAGAGUUGAAAUCCAGGUUCCAAGCAGCUCAAACCCUCAUUAAAGAGUUGCACAGGAGAUUGGAGCAGAUGGAGAUACAGAAUACAGGGUUGAACACUGAGAAUUGCCAUCUCAAAAAGAACAUCUCUGCACUUCUACAAACAGCGAGACAGGAGGUGACACGCAAAGAUGCUGAGAUCCAGAGGUUGAACCGACAGUCAGAAAGAGGUCGCCAUCACCACCAAUCUCACAUUAGUAAUUUGCGGGAUCAAAAUCCCUCCAGUCGGACCUCCAUGAGUAGGCCACCCCCUCUGCCGCCUCCUCCACCGCCUCCACCAUCCAGUCCUCCUCCCCUUCCUCCACCUCCACCGCCUUCACUUCCCAGGGAUGAUCACCCUUCAAGGGAUAUUCCUCAACCCUCAAGGAAAGAAAGCAGUAGUUCCACCUAUCAGCCCAGCGGAUCCAACAGGAAAUCCAGCAGAAGUUUAUCAACCCGACAUAGUGAGUCUGACAAACACAAGUCCAAGCACAGAGAGGAAAAAUGUCAAAGUCAAAAACUAUCUGAAUCAACAGAUAGGAGACAUAGAAGUGGUUCAGACCCCAGCAAGGACUGUCACGCCCCUGAGAGGAACAGGUCUCACAAAGCAGACAAAGAGACAGGAUGGAGAUAUGACUCCAGAUCAUGUAAAAGCAGGAACUACUUAAAUGUUGAGGGGCACCACAGAUCAGAUGGAGCUAAAAGCCCUCCACCGGAGAUUUCACAUAGUGCAGUUUCCUCUGAUGACAAGAAAGGGCGAAACCGUGACAGAAGACAAGAUACAGUCAAAACGUCCACGUCAGACUCUGAGCAUAGUGCAGCUCACAGCUCUAAAGAGGGCUACAACCGAGAUCAUAGAAAAAUUAAGACCAGUGACAGACAUGCCAGAAAUUCAGACCCCAAAGACCAGAAAAAGCCCUCUUCAAAUCAACAUGCUGAGCGCUGCAGGGAGCUCUCCAAAGAGAGGGGAGGGGAUAGACUAUCAAAGGAUUAUCAAAGGAAGGAGGAGAGACGACGUGAAGAUGAAACCAGCAGAAAGCACAGGAGGAGUGCUCCGUCAGAGACGAGCAGAGAACGUGAGAAAGCAAGAUCAAAAGAAUCAGACCAAGGUAAAGAUGUCAGCAGUAAGGAAAGACAAGAAAAGACACACAAGGCCUUAAAAAGUUCAUCCGAAGAACCACAUAUCGGUGAGAAAAAGUCUGUGGAGGAAAAUAGUCCAAACAGGAAACUGUGUUUCAUGGAAACAUUGAAUCUAACACUUUCACCUAUAAAGAAGCCAGGGUUGCUCGUCAGUGCCAGCCAGGCAGAUGUCACGCCAGUGGACAAGGUAGUUGAGAACGAACCAGAUGAUGACAGUUCACAGCUUAACGUUGAGGAAUUUUGUGUAAUUGAUGAAGUAGACAGCAGUGAAUUAGAAGCAGGGUUAAAAGAGCAAUCUUUAGAUAUUCCCGAAACUCCAAGCUCUGAAAAGACACAUGAGAGGUGUGAUGAUGCAAUAGAUGUCCAGGAAACAGACAAAAAGCAGAGUGAAACUCCUGCAACUGACAUGCAACCUGAAGAAAAUUCAGUCCAAACUACCUCAUUGUAUAGCCAACGCCCAGAUACUGCAGAGACCCAGGUGGCUGAGCAUCUCACAUUAACUUCACCAGAGAUGAGUUCUCCAAAAGCAACAGACAAUUCUAGAAAUCAUGAGAACCAAACUACGCUGGCCUCAGACAGCCAGGUAGUUAAUUGUGGACCUCUGGAUGCUAGAGCUGGUGACAGUGACACGUCUGGAAACAUUUCUGAGCAACAUAAAGACAAUACCUCACAAAAAGUAACUCCUGUAAAAAGGACUGAUCAAUCUGUUGCUGUUACAGACCCUGAUGCACUUGUUUCAAGCAUAAAACCGAAUUUAAGAAGUCCUAAAACUCCAGUACAGAAAAGCCACUCUGUGGAUUCAGUCGAUGAAGCUGCUUCAACCUCACAAGAAAAUCCUGUAGCUGAAGAUGUCCCUGACAAGGCCAACCAAGAAAUACAGCAAAUUUCUCCCACUGUUCUACCUCAGGACGGUCAGCAAGGUCUCGUUGCUUCUACUUCCAUUCCCAAGAAAGAUGAUUGUCAUAUGCAGGAUGGUCCUAAAGAUGCAGAUGCUGUAUCCAGUACAAUAAGCCUAGAAUCACUUCCACAAGAAGGGCUGAGUCUCUAUGAUGCUAUUUGCAUGUUGGCACAGACAAACGAUGACACCAUCGACAGCAGUAGCACCACGGCCGAGCCAAGCUCUUCCACCGGCUGUAUCGCCGUGUCCAAAGUCAGCAGUACGACAGAGGACACGGCACUGCCAGAGAAGUACAGUGACCUCACUCACACACCAAAGAAGAGCUUCAGUCCUGGGAAGAGUCAUGGAAAUAAUGUUGAGCCUUCCAGUUCUGUGCCCUUACUCCAUGAUGAGGACUCCAUGAUGCACACACUGAACAACCUGAAGAGAAUCCCUGAUGCCAUUAGCCCUCUGAGGAGCCCAGUAAAGAUAACCAAGAGAAGUCAUCUCCAUGUUCAAGGCAAGCCGGGUCAUGUCAAGAGCCUUCAGAAAGAUUUCUCCAGCACAGCUGUUGAUGCCAACUCAAAGAAGUUGGAUAUAAACAAAGAAAACAAAUAUCCGGGUUCUCCUGCAAACCAUGACACACAGAACUUGGUGGACAAGGUAUCCGACCUGCCUUCAAGUGACACUGAUCUGGAGGAAGGGGAAAUUUUAAGCGAAAGUGAUGAGGCGGCUACAGGCUCAUCUCUUCCUGCCAACAAGAAGGCGAAAUUAGCACGACCAGUCAGAAAUAAACAGAGUCCUAAGUCUGUGUUAAAGAGGAAAUCUGAAGAAAGGUCCAUUGCAUCAAAAGAAACUAUUAAAACAGCAGGUGUAUCAACACGAAGCCCAAAAAGUCGUUUCAAAACAGUCUGUCCCGCGGCAACCAAAGCUUCUUUUUCCACCAUAGAGGAAGUAAUGGAGACAUUCAAGGUGGUUCGUACUGAGAUCCGAAGAAAGUACAUGAAGCUCCAUAAAACGUUUCCCAAGAAGAGCUUCCAUGGUAUGAUGGACAAUUUCCAGGAGUCUUUUUUAGAAUUCGUGGAUGGUGCUCAUUUUGGUCAAAUAUGCAGUCAGGCAGGGGAGCUGAAAUCUAAGCUGAAGAAAAUGAUUGCAUCUGUGUUUAGCAAAGUAACAAAUAAUGGUAUUGUGAAGCGCAUCUUUGAACAGCAAGCAGUCGAUCUGAAGCAAAGGUUGUGGGAUUUUGUAGAUGUCCAAGUUAACUACUUGUUCAAGGACAUUUACAUGACACUUAAGAGCCUUUGCAAACCAGCAAGAACUCAGGCUGAGGACAGUAGGCCCAAGGAAAAUGAGAAAGUAUCUAGACAGUCUCCUGUAAAGAAGCCACAGUGUCAACAAAAGGAAGCACAAUCGUCUCAGACGAGCUUGAAUCAGAACAAGCCAUGCGCUGUGGUGCCUUACAAAACAGGCCUUGGAAGCAGAGGAAAAGAUAUCAGAAUCACACAUCUGGAAAAAGACAGUAAUGUUGACCCGCAUCCAACAAAUGGCCCAAAUACCAAAACUGUGGCCAACUUCCUUCCUCCAAAAAAUGUUCCUUCAACUCCAGAGAAGAGUAACGUUUCUUCUUCUUUGGUUAUCUCACAAAAUGGCUCUUUGCUUGACAGAACGGACUUUGAGCUUCUCACAGAACAGCAAGCCUCCAGUUUAACAUUCAACCUGGUAAGAGACACUCAAAUGGGAGAAAUCUUCAAGUGUCUCCUGCAAGGAUCUGACUUACUAGAAACCAGUGCCGUCACUGGAGACAACACACCCUGGCCCCUUGGUACGCCAAGGAAGGAUGGAGAGAGACUCAUCAGCAUCACCACUCCAAUUAAAUUUGACUCUCCAUCUAAACUGCUCUCCCCGACGAAAUUUGAUAGUCCCUCAAAACUAAUAGCAACAUGGUCUAGCAUUUCACCUCGCAAGAUGUCGUCUCCACGACCCAAAGCUCAGAUCCAGCUGAAUCCAGCUUUGUUUGAUGAAAGUUGCCUGUUAGAAGUGCCGUCAGAGAAUAGGUCACAGAGGUCAUAUUCUAUUUUAGCCGAAGAUCUGGCAGUCUCCCUCACCAUUCCAUCACCUCUUAAGUCCGACAGCCACCUCAGCUUCCUGCAGCCGCCGAGCAUGCACCUCGUAUCCACUCCAGACAGCGUCAUCAGUGCUCACAUAAGUGAGGACGCGCUACUGGAUGGGGAAGACGCUUCAGAGCAGGACAUCCACCUGGCCCUCGACACCGACAACUCCAGCUGCGGCUCCAGCACCAGCAGUGAAGUACUCGCCACACCUUUCGUGUUCAAGCCCAACCUGCCCAUGCAGGCACUAGUGAUGGAGAGGUCAAAUGAUCACUUCAUUGUAAAGAUUCGUCAGGCAGCCACAGGCGCAGAUACCACGCUCACUGCUGAUGAUAGCUUAAGUCAGACGCUAACAGAAGAAGAUCAGCAACGUGUAGAAGAUGGUGUGGAAACUAAAGAUGGUCAAGGAAAAGCUGUUUUGUCGGACAAGUCACCGAAUAGUACACCUUCCAAUGCUGUACCCUCAAAUGCAGUACCAUUAGAGAACAGUCUGUCUGGGAUCUGUAAUUCUGCAGAUGUCCAUCUCACUCAAGAUGAGAGCUUAACAUCUCACGAAAAACAAGAUUUGUCAACUCAGCAAAAUACCUCAAAAGUUAGUUUUUCUGAGAAUUCACAGAAACUGUCAGAGUCUCUGAAAAGGCAUCCUAAAACUAUCCCUUCGGACAACAAUCUGCACAAUAAUGCUCAAAGUUCUGAUCAUGCCUUUGGAAAGAUCAGUCAGCCAACCAGCAGAGAAGAUAUCACAGUCACUGCUGUUGAGCAUGUAAGUCAAACAUACCACAGAAAAGAGGCCAUAACAAGUCAAAGUCCCUCAAAAUCUCAGAAGAGGAUCGGUUGCUCUGAAACUGUACUGUCAGAUAUUAGUCCACAUCACCCUGCUAAAGGCUCAGAAACUGAUCAAACUAGCAAAGUGUUGACAUCACAUGUUUCAGACGGCAGGAGAGAUGAAAUGGAGGCGUCGGAGUCAGAGAGAAGUCUCGUCAUUGCAGAGGACAUAAGCAGCACACCAGAGAGAGACCAAAGGGAUUGUGAGAAAGGUGGAAAACGGAAGAAGAAGAAGCACCACCAUGAGAAAUCAAAAGCCAAGCGGUUCAGAAAGGAGGAAGAGGAGAGGACAGAAAAGAUAAUGUCCAACUGCAAGGCAGACGAUGAUGAAUCCAAAUCUCUGUCCCCCACCAAUCUCUAUGCCAAGAAUGUCAUCAGGAAGAAGGGCGAGGUGGUGAUAGCCUGGACCAGAGAUGAAGAUCGAGCUAUUCUGAUUGAACUGAAGACGAAAGGUGCCUCACGUGAGACUUUCUCUGCCUUGGCAGAGAAACUUAAUAAGCCAUCAGGACAGAUUGCUCAGAGAUUUCAUCAGCUCAUGAAGCUUUUUAAGAAGCAGGAGAAGAUGGACACUUGAUCCCCCUGAUGGUGUUAUUUCUAGUCAUUUCUAAUCCCAUGCUGUGCCAGCAACACAGGUAUGAAGGCCAUGUCCAUGCAACAUGGUGCUGGAACACGUGAAAAGGGGGCAGCAUAACAAGUCCUCUCGGGUCACAGGAUUGAUCCCCACAUAGGCUACUCUGUCUAGCCUGCAUACUCCCACUGUCAGCUGAGUACAGACAUGAGCAUCAGUUCCAGCCGAGCUUUGAUUUUCAGAGGCAGGCUGUAAAUCCAGUCUCUGUCCAUGAAUGUGUUUUAUUCUGGGUACUGAACCGGACCUGUUCAUGGUGUUGGAAAAGAAUUAGAAAUGUGAAAAAUAAUGAUUUAAUAAUGACUCCUCCUCAGCACAUCUGACGAGACAAAUCGAUGUGAACGGUUGGUAAAAAUACAGUUAACAUCAGUGUUUUUGUUUUUCAUGCACUUUUUGGUUUUUAAGAAUCCUCACUGCAGUCACUACUUGAGUAUCUGUUUUGGAUAGGGUGGGUGGUCCCGUCAGAGCAUAGAACAGUCCUCAGUGCACCAUCUUUACAUGCUGUCCUCCUCUGCCUUUGCAGGGUUAGCAGACUUGAUAUAUUGCAAAGAUAGUGGUCUCAACAUGUCCCCAAGUUCAUUUUAUGUCUAGUCCUGGGGUUGUUUUUCUCAAGACAUUUGAGAAGAACUGCCUUUAGACUAAGAUAGUUCCAGUGCAAGCAGACUCAAAUGUUUCUCAAUCAAGUGACAUUCUUAGCUCCUACAACUUGAAGCAUCACCCAUCAGUAGGCCUGGAGCUAUGGGACUGAUAGGUUGGGCCUUUUUAGCAUAACUCUGACAUUUUGGAUCUUAUUUUAAUGGUUGUAUUUUGGGGGGAGGAGUGCUUGAAGUGUUUGAAGGUUUUUGAAAUGUUUACAUGUCCAAUUCAUGUACAGGACAGUACAUUUAUCUCUGUUAAUACAAACAAAACCUUUUAUCUAUGGGCCUAAACGACUUUUUGUUUGAUUCAUUCUAUCGCUUAUUAACAGAAUGGAAUGCAAUAUUGUGAAUAUUGUGUGUAGUUCUUUACUGUAAAUAAAGUUUUAUUUAUUUAG